AUGCCAAGCGCGCUUAGUUCCAUCCAGCUUGGAGACCCACUGCUUCAUCCCACCGUCCUGAUCAUGGGCAUCCCCAUGGACGACAUCCACGCCCCAACUGUCGCCUCCGGACCGACGUCCGGGGGUGUUCCUCGCGAUCUGUCGAAGCUAUCCAUAGUCGAUCUGAUGCAAGAAAAGGAACGGAUCGAGGCGGAACUGUCGGCGCUCAGCAGCGUGUUGAGCUCGCAUGGCGUGAAUAUGAACUCGUCUCUCACUACCUUCGAUGGCUUUCCUCGCGACGACAUUGACAUUGCUCAAGUUCGAACAACGCGAGUACGGAUCAUUCAUCUUCGAAAUGAUCAUAAGGAGGUAAUGAGCCACCUGGAGAAGGACCUCCACCACCAUUUCGCGACCCUCCAGAAUGCGCAAGCAGCCGCCGCGACAAAUGGCGCCAGUACCCCUUCGGCCGCUCCUUCACUGGCAGACAACAGCUUGGCAGAUGCCGGUAUGCUAGGAACACCAUUUGCCAAGGUCAACAGUGUGGUUCCUGGGAGCCCGGCUGACCAGGCCGGCUUGAACUCCGGAGACACCGUCCGAAGCUUUGGGAAUGUGCACUGGUUGAACCACGAGCGUCUUUCCAAGGUCGCAGAGACAGUUCAACAGAACGAAGGGCGUCCGCUCUCGGUCAAGGUAGUGCGCAAAGCCGACAGCAGAUCUGGCACUACAAUGGAAUUGGAUCUGCAGCUCACUCCACGACGAGACUGGGGAGGUCGCGGGUUGCUGGGGUGUCAUUUGGUUCCGCUAUGA